AUGGUAGUGCAACUCGCCCGACAAGUGGCCGAAAAGCAUACACAAAACGAAAAUGAGUCUAGCAAAAAUAGUGCGGAGGGGUUGGUUUUUGAAUUUUCAAAAGACGAUUUCUGGUUCGGUAGGCCAAAUUUGAUCGGCAACCUGGUUCACACCCUGCUAUUUUUGAACUCUUUGGAGCUUGCUUUCUUCUUCUUUAUAUUGUUCCAAUAUGGUUUUCACUCCUGCAUUAUGGGAAAGAUUGGUUUUGUUGUCCCAAGAAUAGUCAUGGGAGUAUUCGUCCAGGUCUUGUGCAUGUCCAGAAUAUUACCACUAUACGCAAUUAUCAAAUCACAGGUGCAUUUGAAGGAGAAGCAAUCGGACAAACAUAAUAUUGAGAAAAUUAAGAUGCUUUUGAAGGAGAACCAAUUGGACGAACUUAUAGAGGAGUGUCUUGAUGAUCUCGAUGAAAUAAAAAUACGGUUGAAGGAGAAUGAAAUGGACGAAGAGGAAGAAAUGUGGAUCGUGAUUUCAAAGUGGAUUGAUAAAGGAAAGAAGCCAAGUUCAACAGAGGAGGCCACAAAUAUUGAAUCGACCCGAACAGAUUCGACAGAGGGAUCUGUUGGAGUUGAGAUAACAGAAUCCGGUCACAUGAAUUCAACCGGAGACAUUGAAGCACAAAAUAGACAACCCAGCUUGCACCAACAUUGA